GAAGAUUGCGUAAUUUCCGUAGGCUUAAACCGGGGAAAGUUGUUUCCUGAACUUUUAGAAAAAAAAGGAUUUGAACUUUCCCUUUGUCUUUGUGCGUCCAUUUACCUCUCGGAAACCGAAACGAAUGAGUCUGGAGAACACUUGGCUUGGUGUGUUUUUAACUUGUGAGAGAGAAAUGCUUCGUUAAUCACGAUGGACAUGGAGCAGUCAGAAAGACAAACAUCCCUGACGAAUGCGUCAGAAGAAUCCGACGUGUCGGCGCAUGCGCAGACCCCUGCAGACGAGUGCCGAAUGCAAGGCGCGCACGCGCAGUGUAUGGAGGCCGAUGCCCAGGUCGAGGCGCCGGUCUGCGGGGUGAGCAAAGCGGAAGUCGUGGUCACGAGCUUGCAGGCCGAGCUAGCCGAUUGCCGAGCGCAGGUGGAGCACUGGCAAGGCGUGGCAACCAUCUGCGAGAUGAGCAAGCAGGAGGAGCUGGCGGAGUUGCAGAGGCGCUGCGACCAGGAGGUGGAGUCCCUGCAAGAGGCGCUCAGAGAAACGGCGUCCCAGUAUGAGGCCAGAAUUUCGGCGCUGCAGGCAGAGUGCUCACUCUGGAGGAAGGGCGGAGGCAGCAUCCCACCCAGCAAGGGCAUCUCACAGAGAGCGAAGGGUGGUGAUGGAGCUUUACUGACAGAUGUUCAGCAGGAGAAAGCGACGGCCCAUCCUGACGGGUGCGCUGAUGGGAGACCGGAGGGGCGAGACGGUGAUGCCGGGGAGGGGACCGACGAGGAGCCUGGCAGCCAGAUGGGAGAGAACGGAGACAAUGAGGGAGGGCUCUCGCUAACAGAGGGCUACUUCGCUCGCCAUUGUGACACCACCUCUCUUUCCUCAUUCUCCCUGGACACACCCUCGCUUCCCCGGCGACCCCCUCCCCAGGAGGACACAGCCUCCCUGGUGUCUACGGGCACGCUGGUGCCCGAGGCCAUCUACCUGCCUCCACCCGGAUACCGGUUGGUCACACUGUCUGACUGGGAUGCACUGCACACACAGCUUGCCGAGCUGCAGGCGGAACUGGCUCGGGUGCGAGAGGAGAGGGCUGAACUGGAGAGAGAGCUGGGAACACAGAGCUCUGAGACGCAGCGGCAGGUCACCAUGCUGCAAUCGCAGGUGCAGAACUCCGAGGCCCUCCUCCAAGACUUGCAAAAGUCCUUUGCCCAAUCCCAGAAUGCUGUUCAGCGCCGCUUGGCAGAGCUGUCUCUGUCCCACAGGAAGGUCUGCAGUAAGCUGUCCAGACUCAAGGGAGGAGAGGCAGCGGUGGGGGCCGUGGCAGAGGACGAGAGGGUCCAGCCGACAGACGUCAGUCUGGCUCUACAGGGGGCGCAUUGUGAGGAGAGACUGCGCAUUGAGAUAGUCAACUUGAGGGAGCAGCUGGAGCAGCGGACAGAAGAGAGCGAGGUCUUGGAGGUUCGCCUCUCGAGUCUGAAGACGGAAACGGACCGAAUCCAGGGCCAAAAUGAGAAGCUGCAACAGGAGCUGCAGGCCUGUCGCACUGAACUGACUGGACUUCAGGUGGCGCUGUCUCACUUGCAGAGAGACAACAAAGCCCAGAGCAGUGAGAAGUCACUCCUGGAGCAGCAGUGCCUGGAACUGCGCAGUCAGAUGAUCAGUCUGCGCAGUCAGCUGGACACGAGUCAGGCCGUGCAGAGGGAUUUUGUGCAGCUGUCCCAGUCCCUGCAGGUGAAGAUGGAGCUCAUCCGUCAGGCUGAAUCAAUGGACCAAGUGAGGGAGGUCUUGGAGGAGGGGCCAAGCGAUGACAGUUCAAAGGUCACGGACACCCUGUGAACCAAUGAGAUUAGCGAUGAACACACGAAUACAUUGAGAGGUUUUACGAAGGAGGCGGACUCUCAGUCGUUGCGUUCCACGUGUCAAUACUGAACAUCAGAUUUUAACCAGAUGCGUGAAUGGCUAAAUCGAAGGCUAAAACUUUCCAAAAUUACUGCAUAUCUUCUUCUGAUGUAUUGAAUAGACUAAGUAAUUGUUAGAACUGUUUAACAUAUGUUGUUGACUAAUCUAUUCUGCGGCACCAGACUGCUACCUCCCAAGUGGCGCGCUAAGGCAGAGUGUACCGCAAAUUGUACUGCUGAACAUCAAGUACUGACAGGUACAGUCAUGGCUGCACAGAGAUUUGACUGCUGCCCCUUCCUUCAUGUGUUGAGCGUGCACUAAAAGGAAAUAAUUAGCUCCCCAACAAACAAACCCAUGUUCAGAGAGACGUGUGUCGGAUGCUGAACGUUCCCACGUUUAAGGUGCUCUUUUGGACUGUCUGGACACCAGUCCUAGUCUUACACUGUGCUGUCCUUCACCUCUCCUGGCACAUGUAACACUGCCAUGUGAAGUGUUUGUUGCCAUGAUGCUUGAAGGAGGUGUGGCCUCUCCGCUGAAAAGGGGUGUGGUCACUCUGACUCCGGCUUAUCUGCUCUCCUCGUUCAGCUCCAGUGAAACUGAAAAGUCCGAAGUGCUGCUGUGUUGAAUCCAUUCCAUACCUGCUGCUCCAGGCAGUGACUGCUUGUAAUUCAGAGGGGAUGGAGUCACUACUGUAACGUGCACAUCUCCUUCCGCUCGAUUUUUCUCACACUAUUGUACCUGUCUGUUUGUAUUUCCCGAUAUGUUAAUCAGAAGGAACAUGGUUGUGAGUUCACAUUCUUACUGAUCCUUUCCCUGCGUGUCCAUUCUCCAGUUGCUGGCCCAGUGCCCUGCACCCUGGCUUUGAGAACACUUGCCAGUGACCCCAAAGUGUUUCAUUCAGGUGGUUUCAUGGUUGAGUGACUCAAAAGCAGAAGGCUGUCUGGACACAUCCCAAGGGCUCAUUCAGCUUGCAGGACGCUGUCUCUGGACGGAGCGUUGAGUCGAGCUGGACUGGAUGGGGGAAACGGCUCUGUGAACUGUUUUCUAGAUUUCUCCCUCAGGAAUUUUACAGUGGAAUGUCAUUUUUUGGGGUUUGCGUCAUUUCCUCUUGCGUCGUCUUUCUGUAAUGAAGUCAUCUGUUUAUUCUUACUGUAUACUACUGUACAGUAUACUAUAGUACUUAACCUGGGAUCUUGGGGUCUGAGAACUCGUCUGUGACACUUCACUUCAGAGUAAAUGUUUAAAAGUGAAUGGGUGCAGGGGGUUGGAAGUAAUAACGCCACAUUUCCACACAGUUCCUAUACUGUGUUUAAUGUAUUUUUUUUGGUCGUUAUUCUUAAUAUGUGUGCUUCUGUCUGUCUCACCAGCAAGUGAUUUGGAAAUGAAGACAAAUAUGUCAAAGAUGAAGACAAAUAUGAAUUUGGCACAUGCAGAUUCCCCCUGCAAACACUAAAUAUAUUUACAUUUGAUUGCGUUGCCCUAUUGUGUGCUGUAACUCUGUGUAGGAGGGUGAGGCAGUGCUGGAACUCCCGAGAUGACCCACUGUCACGCCCCCCACGGCUGCGCAACAGGGAACACCUGCUUCGAAUUAGCAAGCACAAGCUUGAAAAGGGGCUGCGGAACACAGCCCCAUGCGGAACCUUGUUCACCCUUAUUGAUCACUUGUGCUCCUCAUCUUGCUCCUCGUUCCUCGCCCUGCUCCUCGAUCCUCGUUCUUCGCCCUGCUCCUCGAUCCUCGUCCUGCCCCUCGUUCCUCGCCUUGCUCCCCGUCUCCGACUCACUGGUUUGCCUGAUCACUCUCCUGUUUCUUGGAUUACGGUUCUUGGAUUUG